CUGAAACGUCUCGCAGAGAUUUCCCUGCAGAGAAAAAUGCUGUGUCUGUGAGUCUGUGUAACAAUAAAAAUGUCUUUUAGAGAUAGAGGGGGAAGAUAUGGCGAUUCUCGGUACCAGAGAGAGGGAAUGAGUGGGACAACGGGUGGUUGGAAUUCAGGCACCCCGUCACAGAUGUAUCCAGACCCCUCAGUGGCGCCACCCUAUGGAGGACCCAUGCCACCAGGCCCACAAAACUUUGGUCCAGGGCCACCUGGCAUGAUGCCUCCUCCUAUGCCAGUUGGAGGGCCAAUGCCAGGAGGACCAGGUCCCCAGCAGAUGCCAGGGUUUCAGCUUGGAGAAAGCAGAGGGCCAUUGGGAUCUUAUGGGAAUAUGCAAGGUAACCUCCCUUACCCACCAAUGGGAGGACCAGGAUAUAACAACCAAGGGCCUGGUUUCAAUCCACAACAACAGGGGGCACCAGGAUUCAAUCAGUUUCCUUUGAAUGAGCAACCAGGAGGUCCACCUUUUCAUCAACCACCUGUCAACUAUGGACCAGACUUUGGAAGAUGUGGGGAUGAAUUUCAGAGAGAAUUUGGCCCAGAUGGCAGAUUUGGCCCAGCCAUGAGGAACGAUAGGCCGCACAGUGACAGUGAUGGCAGAGACAGGGGUCCAGAAGAUGGCUACUACAGGAACAGGCAAGGUGGUAGAUUUCAAGACAAUCUGUGGAUUAUAAAAGAUCUGGACGAGCAGGGACUGGCAGAGAAGGACAAGGUGGUAGGUCAGAUAGAAGGCUGGACUCUUAUGAAGAAAGGCAAGGGAGCAGAAGAUUGGGACCAGCUGCUGAUAGACGUGAAAAUAGAGGAGAUAGGAGAACAAGUCCUGUGCAAUAUAGUAGUAGAAGUUCUAAGACUGGAGGAAGAGACUCAAGCAGGGAGAGAAGCAGGAGAGAUAACAGGUGAUUGGUGCUCAUAA